CUCUAGACUUGUGGGCAGCAGAGAUUUUGCUGCCUCUUGCGCCUCUUCACCUCGCAAUUGUCUGUCCUGCGCCGCCUCCAUCCGUCCGCGUGAGAGGACUCGAACUCAGCCGCCGUAGUGAGAGAGAUACCUAGCAAGGUACUGCGCACGGCAGAGCACGCCCUGUGACCUUCACCCCGGUCCAAUCGCCGCUGCAUUUCCGAAUGCGUCACAUCCCAGAGCCAGGUGCCGCGAACCAUCUAUCUAAUACGUACAGAAUAACCUGACGUCGCGAAUUCUCCCGCGCGCGCCCCCGUGACCGAGUCAUCCGCCCGAUUUGAGUCCUCGAGUACCAGCGAGUCCAUGCUUCUUCACUCCGAACCGAGUCUGGCCGAGGUCCCAGGCUUCUCUCGAGAACAAUUGGACGCCUUGGCCUGCAGCGUCGAGCUCAGAAGGCAGCAGCUCGAGAACGACAUCAAGGACUAUAUUAAGCGCAAGCAGGACGAGCUGCGCAACUAUGAACAAGAGCUUGUAGCGCAGCACCGUUCGAUGGAAUGCGGAGCAGAUUCAGGGCUUGCGGAGAAGGCUCCUACAAGCAAUGCCGAAACCAUCGCUACUUCGCCUACAAUCGCUGGGCAGCCUGCGCAAUCGCCGCCCAAUAUCAAGGAGCGAGAGCCCGAAGAAAAGGCCAAACGAACAAAGCACACACGCGUGCACAAGCGUGAAAAGGAACUCUAUGGAUUAGUUACGCCGGUAUUCCUUCCGCUGCUCGACGCGCGUGAUACGUCGCCAAUCAAAAAGGAAAAAAAGCACCCAAAGGUAGACAAAGCCGAGCACGCAAACACUGCGGCAAAUACAGAGCAAACUACACCGGCAAGAGAUGCUGAGAAGAGCAGAGAAAGCCACAAGUCUAGGAGAGAAUUAAAGGACAUGGAGGGUGUAGAACCUGGGAAGGGCACCCAGCAAGAACCAGCCAAGAAACCGAGACGCUCACCGAUGAAGAAGUCGUCGCUACGAGGAACCAACACACCAAAGACUCGACGGAAGAGAGUCAGCCUGGUCAUCGACGGGCAAACCGUACUUCCCGCCGACACCGUAAUCGAACCGCCUUUGACAUCGCCCAGCAGCGAAGCGACCUCGGCUUCCAACUCGACGGCCUCACUCGACGAAAUGAUAGAUCCUCGACUCACCAGACUCGACGCGCCCAUCUACCUCGAGGCGGUGCACCACAGCCUUCCUCCCCCUGCUUCCAAUACCGUCCAUUCGCCCACAAAACCGCUCGUAGACACACGAGCCCCAUUGACCGUAUCAGACGCCUCGCACUCCCCACCUCUUCCCUCGCCCAGCAUCCCCUUCGGGCCUCAGCAGUUUGCGACAAGAACAUCCUUCGACUCCUCUUCCCAACACCCCGCACCGAUACCAGAAUCCGCAAGCCCAGACCCGAUAUACCCGUCCGACUACGCCCCGCCCUCCUCAUUUGUGGACGACGAACUCGCUGACGAGCAACACUGGGACACAUAUGUAGGCGGUCUGCACGGCUCAGGCGUCGAUGACGUAGAUCAGGCGGGGAGCUAUGGGUAUCCGAGUAGUCUGGGCGCGAGCUACCUGGAGAGCUAUAUGCAAGGGAGGCCGUUGAGUGUGCGGAUGCAGGCUGCGGAUAAGGCGGGGUUGGAGGGGAGAGAGAAGAGGGAAAUGGUCAUGAAGAAUAGGGAGAGGGAGCAGAGGGAGCAGCGGGAGCAGCAGGAGCAGAAUGAAGAGGAGGAGUUUGGGCUGGACAUUAAAGGUAGCCGUGCCAAAGAGGAGGAUGAUGAUAUGGACAUUGUAGGAAGCAUGGAAGGCUUCUAAUAAGACUCAAACUUUUGCGGACAGCAGAAUAUGAGCAGCCAAGCCGGGUUUUGAAGAUCUUGGACCAUAUAACGGAUCAUGAGCUGUCAAAAUUGGAUAUGCCAUCAAAUUAGGCCCACAGAAGUGGGUCUGCUGUACGACCAGGCAAUCUUGGAUAUGGGUACACUGUCGAUCCCACACUUCUGGGUCGCCAUUAUUGGCUGCGACCUGGAGAGGUUAAACUGAAACAUGCCGCUCCUGCUUCGGCAGGUUUUUGGUGAGGCAUGCAUGUGUCUCAGACGCUGGCGUAGAUACUGGCGAGUGAACUUGUAUAUAUGGGCGGCUUCUUGUCAAUUUAGCAUUUGGAUAGGGUGCUUUUAUUAGAGGCACACCUUUUGAUUAUUCAAAGCCUCAU